GACGAAUCCCACAGCCAAAACACUCCUUCCGCGACACAACAACAACACCAAGCAACCAAACAACGGCUGUGUGUCGCAUUCACCACCUACAGGCACAUCACAAGCACACUUUCAGACACACACGUACACAGUCACCUCCCCCCCCCACCUUUUUGUUGCCACCGAAUACGAUUCCUUGCGGCUUGUUGCAAAGGCGCUGCCAUGAUGGACGCGUUGAUUCGUUGGUUGAGCGGACCGCCGCUCGUGGACGGCAUCUGCCCUGUUGUGGAUCAGGAUGCCUGUGAAGGGUGGCAGUGCGUCGAUCUCACCCGCGUCUGGGCCAUGUCAUUCGUCUUUCACUCCAUCGCGUUUGUUGUGUCAUGGUGGAUCUCCCACAAGCUGUCAAAGCCGUUCCGUGAACUCAACUUGGAAAUGAAAAUCUACUGGGCAUCCUGCGUCGUCUCUGGUCUCCACGCUGCUAUCACCGCACAAGGAAGCGUUCGAUGGACACUCCUGAACAACGACUUCAACGAUGGCAACUAUUUCCGGCCGGUGCCCGAGCAAGACUUCUACAGCGCCGUGUCCAGCGCGUACUUUGCGUAUGACCUCGUGUUGCACAUCAUCUUUGCUGCUAUGGGCAUGGCACGCUUCCGCGUUCCAGAGAUGUUUCUCCACCACAUCCUCGGCGUCAUUUGCUUCACAGCCGCACCGAACUACCCGCUGUCGUGGACGGCCGGCAUGUGGUUGUCCACAGAGCUGUCUGGCCCGUUUGCAAACGCGCGUUUUGUGCUCCAAUACGGAGGUUUUCGCCACACGCCGCUCUACGUGGCAAACGGCCUGAUGAUGGUGCUGACGUUCCUGGUGAUUCGCUUGGGCAUCCCCGCCACCUUCUGGUACAUCUUCUAUCUUCGCUUGGACGAGUUCACGUCGUUGGUCGACAACUGGAUCCUCGCGCUCUUUGUCUUCUCGGGCCUGACUGGCACUGUCCUCAACAUCAUGUGGACGCGACUGAUUCUGAAAGGAUUCAUUGGCGUGGCCUUUGGCAAGGGCGAGAAAAAGGAAACAAAUGGCAAGAAAACUGAAUAGGCCACGCUUUACUCAUGCCAUCCAUCAGCCAUUCGUGCAGUCAUUCCUGUACAAGCACGCGUGACACACACACACAAGCAUACAAGCACACAUGAACAUACACAUGCACAUGCACACACAUACACCUCAGUGCCGCCUAGCUUCCCUCGCUUGCACCACUUGCUGUUUUGGUUUUCAUUUCGCCACUAGAUAUGCUGAUCUUCCUCGCUUGAUUUUGCUGUUUUCAACUCGUUACGUCACCCAUGUUUGCAUCACACGUAGUUGUGUUUGUUUGUCUGUGUGCCUGUGUCUGUGUCUGUGUCUGUGUGUGUGUUUGUGCACUCGUGGAAGUACGGCAUCUUGUCUGUACUUCCUCUCCCACCCCCCCC